AUGACCCGAGAUAUCAUGAGAGGUAUACUUAGAGAUUGCGGUCACCUUUGUCCACAUUCGCCAGACGCUAUAGAAUGCUUGCUAGACAACUUGGAGAAUACUCUUUGCUGCUGCUCCUAUGUUGCAAAAGUUUCAUCGAGUGACGUUGGCUGUUCCAGUCCUUGUUACGAGCGUCCAGAGUGCAACAUAAGAUGGGAAUACUGGAACCCAUUGAGUUUCGGAUGGCUGCAGAGCAUGGAUUUUGGAGAUGCCGAGAAUCCUGUCUUCACGGACAGGACGAAACACGUUUUGUGGUGCGAUCAACCUGGCUGUGGCACUGGAACUGGCCAAAGAUGGCUGAAGCUGAUAAAACUCUUCUCGAACGACGUUGGGUAUAAGUGCAAUGAUCUGAAGGAAAGUCGAUUUGGAUAUCACUGCGGAACUCAUGAGAGUAGCUUUCCCAAAGCUUGUAUUUGGUCCUUGGAAAACGAUGUCUUUGAGGAAGUAAGGAUAAGAUGUCCGGAAGAGAAAAGGGGCUUAUUAGGUUCGUGGUACAGGUUCGUCAGUACUGGAGUGCCCUAA